AUGGUCGCCCUCUCGCACGACGACCAGGUCUUUGCCGACCUCGACAAGCAGCUCAACUCGCACGACGUGCCCCUCGCUCAGCGCUUCCGCGCCCUCUUCACCCUCAAGUCGCUCGGCGGACACCGCGCCAUCGAGGUCAUCGGUCGCGGCUUCGACGGCGAGUCGGCCCUCCUCGGACACGAGCUCGCCUACUGCCUCGGGCAGCUCAAGGACCCAAAGGCGCUCCCGAUCCUCACAAAGGUCCUCGAGGACGACAACGAGCACCCCAUGGUCCGCCACGAGGCCGCCGAGGCUAUGGGCGCCAUCGGGUGCGACGAGGCGCUCCCCGUCCUGCGCAAGUACCUCUCGCACCCGAACCCGGCCAUCCGCGAGACGUGCGAGAUCGCGCUCGACAAGGUGGUGUUCGACAACUCGGACGAGGGCAGGAAGCAGGCCGACAACCAGUACCCGUGCAUCGACCCCGCGCCGGCGGCGGCGGCGCCAACGCACUCGCCCCUCGUCGCGUCGGCCCACUCUGCCGCGCUCGCGCCCGCAUCCGCCAACCUGUCGAUCGCCGAGCUCGAGCGCCAGCUCAUGGACACGAGCCUGAGCCUGUUUGACCGGUACCGCGCCAUGUUUGCCCUGCGCAACGUCGGCGACCGCGAGGCCGUGCUCGCGCUCGCGAGGGGGUUCGAGGACGACAGCGCCUUGUUCCGGCACGAGAUCGCGUUCGUCUUUGGCCAGCUGUCGUCCGAGCACUCUGUGCCGGCCCUCGUCGACGUCCUCCGGCGCCCGCACGAGGAGGACAUGGUCCGCCACGAGGCCGCAGAGGCCCUCGGCGGCAUCGCGACCGACGAGUGCCUGCCCGUCCUGCGCGAGUUUGCCGCGCGCGACGACGUGCCGAGGGUCGUGAGGGAGAGCUGCGUCGUCGCGCUUGACAUGUACGAGUACGAGCGCUCGGGCGAGUUUGUCCCGCUCCCGACCCUCUCGAGCGCGACCGCCGCCGCUUAGACUCCCUCCCUCCCUCCCUCUCCUCGCCCGCAUGCACACACCUUACCCCUCGCCUCACCCACUCCCUCUCCCUCUCUCGAUACCCUGCGCCUCGAGCCGUGCGCGACCGACCGCAGCGCGCGCGCCUCCUCCUCCUUCCCCCCUCUUGUAGCUCUGCAACUCGCGUCGUUGGCUUCGUGGA